CCUGGUGCGUGCAUGCACCCCUCUCCUGCGUUGAAAAGGUCACUGCCAUGCAGCCCUUGCGUACUCGCCCCGACUUCACCCUCGUGCGUAGAGCCGCUGCGAACGAGAAGCAGAGAGACGCCGAGCAGUACGCCCAGAGGCUGGUCAAACAGAACCAAACCACCAAGUGGUUCGAGGCUGGCGUCACCAACGGUGAGCCAAAUGCAACCAUGGAGGCUGCUGCAGCUCCCGUUUCUGCUUCGGCCCCAUUGCAUGGACUCCCCCCUCCGUGUGUGUGUAUGUUCAGCUCGGCGGAUCAACCGCAAGCGUGAAAGCAAGUUUGAGCAGGAGGAGCUGCGCAUGGCCAACCAGGAGCUCACUCUUCGGCGGCAGACGAGGCUCAGGCAGCUGUAUGAGAGCGAGGCCCAAAUGUACGAGGCUGAGCUUGAACAGCGCGGCCUGGCCAUCCAGAGGGAGUACGCAUGACUGACUGACCAUAUGGCAGCAGCGGGAGGCAUGACAGACACACUACUUGACUUGACAGAAUGUAUGUAUGGACGAAAUAAGAAUAACCCGUUCAGUCUUCAGACAGACAAAA